AGCCCGGGCUCAGUCGCAGCCCCUCGGAGUCCGGAGCCGGCCGCCCCUGCGGACCGGACAGCGCGACCGGCGGCCGGGACGGAGCCCCCAGCCCGCGAGGAGGGCGCGGCGCAGGCGGCGGCGGCGCGGCGGGGAGGAGCCCGGGCCGGAACCAGGGCUGGGCCGGGGGCGGGGACGCCGGGGUCCCGGAGCCCCGGAGCCGGAGCUAGCGAACAGGCGUCGCGGGAGGACCGAGAAGGAGGAGCACCGCCGGAGCGAGCCGAGCUGCCCACGAAGUGCGAUGCCCCGGCGGGGCUAGGGCGCGCAGCGGCCGGCGCGGCGCGGCGCGGAGGGAGGACGCCCGGGAGCUGCGCGGCGCCGGGCGGCGCGGAGGGGCAGCCCCAGCGGGCGGCGGCGGGCCCGGGCUGCGACCCGAGCGAGCCUCAUGCCCCGCGCGGGCUGACGGGCCGGAGCCCGCACGGAGCGGCCGGGCCGGACAGGUCCUGCUAGAGCGACAUGAUGGUGGAAUCCGCCUCGGAGACAAUCAGGUCGGCUCCCUCUGGUCAGAACGGCGUGGGCAGCAUCUCUGGGCAGGCGGAUGGCAGCGGCGGCGGGGCCGGGGCGGCGGGCUCUGGUGGCACGGGCAGGGACUCGGCAGCCGGAGCAGACAGCAACGGCGAGAUGAGCCCGGCGGAGCUGCUGCACUUCCAGCAGCAACAGGCUCUCCAGGUGGCCAGGCAGUUCCUGCUGCAGCAGGCCUCUGGCCUGAGCUCCCCGGGCAACAAUGACAGCAAGCAGUCGGCCUCUGCCGUGCAGGUGCCUGUGUCGGUGGCCAUGAUGUCGCCGCAGAUGCUUACCCCCCAACAGAUGCAGCAGAUCCUGUCGCCCCCACAGCUGCAGGCCUUGCUCCAGCAGCAACAGGCACUCAUGCUGCAGCAGCUGCAGGAAUACUAUAAGAAGCAGCAAGAGCAGCUCCACUUACAGCUCCUCACCCAACAGCAGCAGGCUGGGAAGCAGCAACCCAAAGAGGCACUGGGGAACAAGCAGCUGGCCUUCCAGCAGCAGCUCCUGCAAAUGCAACAGUUGCAGCAGCAGCACCUGCUCAACCUGCAGAGACAGGGGCUGGUCAGCCUGCAGCCCAGCCAAGCCUCAGGGCCCCUCCAGACCCUCCCGCAAGCCGUGUGCCCGACGGACCUGCCCCAGCUGUGGAAGGGCGAGGGUGCCCCCGGGCAGCCCGCCGAGGACAGCGUCAAGCAGGAGGGGCUGGACCUCACCGGCUCAGCCACCACCGCUACCUCGUUUGCCGCCCCCCCCAAAGUCUCACCCCCCCUCUCCCACCACACCCUGCCCAACGGACAGCCCACUGUGCUCACACCUCGGAGAGACAGCUCCUCCCACGAGGAGACGCCAGGCUCCCACCCCCUCUACGGACAUGGAGAGUGUAAGUGGCCAGGCUGUGAGACACUGUGUGAAGACCUGGGCCAGUUUAUCAAACACCUCAACACAGAGCACGCCCUGGAUGACCGGAGCACAGCCCAGUGCCGGGUGCAGAUGCAGGUGGUACAGCAGCUGGAGAUCCAGCUCGCCAAGGAGAGUGAGAGGCUGCAGGCCAUGAUGGCCCACCUGCACAUGCGGCCCUCCGAGCCCAAGCCCUUCAGCCAGCCACUGAACCCGGUCCCCGGCUCCUCCUCAUUCUCCAAGGUGACCAUCUCUGCAGCAGACUCAUUCCCAGAUGGUCUUGUGCACCCCCCCACCUCGGCCGCUGCCCCUGUCACCCCCCUACGGCCCCCUGGCCUCAGCUCUGCCUCCCUGCACAGCGGGGGCCCCGCCCGCCGGAGGAGCAGUGACAAGUUCUGCUCCCCCAUCUCCUCAGAGCUGGCCCAGAAUCAUGAGUUCUACAAAAACGCCGACGUCAGGCCCCCCUUCACCUACGCCUCCCUCAUCCGCCAGGCCAUUCUGGAAACCCCUGACAGGCAGCUGACCCUGAAUGAGAUCUACAACUGGUUCACCAGGAUGUUCGCCUAUUUCCGGAGAAACACUGCCACCUGGAAGAACGCUGUGCGGCACAACCUCAGCCUGCACAAGUGCUUUGUGCGCGUGGAGAACGUCAAGGGCGCCGUGUGGACUGUGGACGAACGCGAGUAUCAGAAGCGGAGGCCACCAAAGAUGACGGGGAGCCCCACCCUGGUGAAGAACAUGAUCUCGGGCCUCAGUUAUGGAGCACUUAAUGCCAGCUACCAGGCUGCGCUGGCCGAGAGCAGCUUCCCCCUCCUCAGCAGCCCUGGCGUGCUGAACCCGGGCUCCGCAGGCAGCCUCCUGCCCCUCAGCCACGACGAAGUGGGUGCCCCCGUGGAGCCGCUCCCCAGCAAUGGCAGCAGCAGCCCCCCUCGCCUCUCCCCGCCCCAGUACAGCCACCAGGUGCAGGUGAAAGAGGAGCCGGCCGAGGCGGAGGAAGACAGGCGGCCGGGCCCUCCUCUGGGCCCCCCCAACCCCAGCACCGCGGGGCCUCCAGAAGACAGGGACCUGGAGGAGGAGCUGCCGGGAGAGGAACUGUCCUAAGGGCCUCUAGGGACAGGCAGGGCAGGGGUGAGACCCCUCCCUCCGGAACCCAGGCCCCACCUACCCCCACUCCUCAGCCCCGCCCAAACCUCAAGGCACUUCCAGGACUCAGAUGGGGGGGCUGGGCCAGCAACUCCCAAUGUGACCUGACUGACAGACGCUCGGGGGCAGGGACGGCCCCGCCCCCGAGGGGACACAGAAGCCCUGGUCUGGGACCGGCAGAGGACACGGAGGGCCCAGACCCUUCCUCAGACCCUCCCCUACAUCUGAAUACCACCUCCCCCCCCAACCACCAGCAGCAGCAGGGCCCUCCUCCCCCACCAGCUCUCCCCUACAGGGCCCCUCAGCGCCAUGGAGACCCGCAGGCGGGGCUAAGCCACCCCUCUCAAACCCAGGGCCCCUCGCACCUGGCUCUGGCAGUGUGUUCUGGCCAGAGGCCCCCCGCUUUCCUAAUUUGUGCUCCCUUCCACCUUCUUUUCUGUACUGUGAAGAAAUCUCCCGGCUGCCCGAACUCCCGCCCCUGCCCCGGCCUAGGGCGGCAGAGCUGAAGUUUAAGACCAUCCCCAGAAGAAACCGGCCCCCUCAGCUGCGCCCACUUAAAGGCCACAGCUGGGGCAGGACAAGUUGUGUGCCCUGUUGGGGGGUUGGUGGGAGCCAGGUUGCCUGGCUCCAGCCCCUGCCCUCAACCUGAGACAGAACCCAGGCUGAACCGGGCCUCUCUGCCCGCUUCACUGGUUGCUCCUCAGCUGCCCCCCACAACCGGGAGCAGAGCAAGAGGCCCAGCGCCGGCCUCCUCACAGAGGUCAGUGCCAGGUGGACUAAUGGGGGGGGGCGCUGGAGGGAGCCACGCUGUCCUUGAAGCUGGAGCUGGGGUCAGAGGCACGGCCAGGGCCACCAGGAAGCAUCCUGCCUCUGUCACAGGAAAGGCCAGGCUGAAACCAGGUUUGAGGGGCAGGUGGUUGCUGUGACCCCGACAGGUCACCCCCAGCCUACAGGUCCCCCAUUGUAGUCCUCCCUCAGCACCCCUCCCUGACCCCUCUCCACCGCCCCCCCCCCCAGUUAAACCGAUGACCAAAGACCUUUCUUAUGCCGGAAGCAAAAACCAAAACUUUUUGUUGGCUUUUUCCUUUGUCGCCUCCUGCACCCCCUGCUCCUCCUUGCUUCCCGACCCUGGCCCCAGGCUGGAAGCCCUCCCUCCACUUAAGUUAUUGUUUUAAACCAAAGUUUACAGUGUCUGUUGGUGGCCCAGACCCUCUCUCCACCCUUCCUCCACCCCACCCCGAGGACCCUGGGACUCAGUAGAGGCUGGGGGCCCUGCUCACCCCCACUCUGCUCUCGGCCAGCCUGGAGGAAGGAAAGAGGGCAGAGGGAAGGAGGCGCACUGCCCUCAGCACCCCAAGGGGUUCUCCUCUCCUUGGGCAGUGGGCCUCAAGCCCUAGUCCCAACCCUGGGCUGCUUCCUGGGGGCUCUCCAGACCCCUCGCUAGGACCAAGUCCCCUAUCACGCUGGGAGUGUGGAUUCCAGCAAAGGAGCUGGAAAAAAAAAAAAGUGAGACUCCACAGACCCCCUAUGGGGGACCCCAACUUAGGCCAAGGACUGGGUGUGUUGGAUGCUCAUGAUACCCCAGGCCAGGCCCCUUUGCUGAGAAGACUCCUUGGACUAUUUCCCAAGAACCACCCCCCCACAUACACCCCUUCCCAAGCCACCCCUCCUUAGAGGCAGGGGGCCCUCCACCCCCUCCCCUAUGUACUCCCCACCUGUGUUCUGUUUGACCAGCACAGAAAUAUUAAACGUCCUCUAUUCACCGGG